AAAUGCAUAAUUACAGUCCACGUGUCUCAGUUUCCGUUAGCAACCAGAGGCUUCUAAACAACCUAGCUUCCCUCCGCAUCUCUGGUCCAAACAGCCUCGGCGAUCGCAGGCUUGGCAGGGCACCGCCUGGCCUCUCCCGUUCCUUUAGGCUGCUGGCUACCGCCAGCCGCCUGCCGCCAUGGCAGAGUUGGGCCUAAAUGAGCACCAUCAAAAUGAAGUUAUUAAUUAUAUGCGUUUUGCUCGUUCAAAGAGAGGUUUGAGACUCAAAACUGUAGAUUCCUGCUUCCAAGACCUCAAGGAGAGCAGGUUAGUGGAAGAGACCUUCACCAUAGAUGAAGUCUCCGAAGUCCUCAAUGGAUUGCAAGCUGUGGUUCAUAGCGAGGUGGAAUCUGAGCUCAUCAACACUGCCUAUACCAAUGUGUUACUUCUGCGACAGCUGUUUGCACAAGCUGAGAAGUGGUAUCUUAAGCUGCAGACAGACAUCUCUGAACUUGAAAACCGAGAAUUAUUAGAACAAGUUGCAGAAUUUGAAAAAGCAGAGAUAACAUCUUCAAACAAAAAGCCCAUCAUAGAUAUCACAAAACCAAAGCUUGCUCCACUUAAUGAAGGUGGAACAGCAGAACUCCUAAAUAAGGAAAUUUCAAGACUUCAAGAAGAGAAUGAGAAAUUGAAGUCAAGGUUGAAGACCAUUGAAAUACAGGCUACAAAUGCACUGGAUGAAAAGUCCAAACUAGAAAAAGCACUGCGAGAUUUACAGCUUGAUCAAGGAAAUCAAAAGGAUUUUAUAAAGACCCAAGACUUGAGUAACUUAGAAAACACAGUCGCUGCUUUAAAGAGUGAAUUUCAGAAGACACUUAAUGAUAAGACAGAAAACCAGAAGUCACUGGAGGAGAAUCUGGCAACAGCUAAGCACGACUUACUCAGGGUUCAGGAGCAGCUGCGCAUGGCUGAAAAGGAAUUAGAAAAGAAAUUUCAGCAAACAGGAGCUUAUCGAAACAUGAAAGAGAUUCUUACCAAGAAGAAUGACCAAAUCAAAGAUCUGAGGAAAAGACUAGCACAAUAUGAACCUGAGGAUUAAAACUGAGGAUUGCAUCUGGAAGCUGACACAUAGAAACAUACAUGCUGUCUCACUCAGGCAUGACACUCAGGCAUGUAUUCUGAAGAAUUUUGUCAUAUCCCCUUUUUAUUUUUCUAAUAUUUAGACUUUGCUUCUAAUAUUUAAAACUAGAGUUCAUAUUUUCAGCUAAUUGAAAACAGGGAAAACCUAGUGAUUUUGGCUGGUCAUCCCACACACCUCUCUAAUGAGUGUUCCACAGUCUUAGCUCGCACGCACUGAGAAUUCUUUAAAGAAGAGAUUUUUAGAGCGCAAAGAAGAGUCUUAUCCUUCUGCAUUAGUAUAAAGAGUCUAUCUUUUUAAUAAAUGUUAAAGAAGCUAACAAUGCACUUAUGCAUUCCCCAUGAGUAAAAAUAAAUAGCAUUAUUAAAGAUAGUUAUUACCGAAAAAAGACAGAUAUUACAAAUAAAUAUGUCUCUAUUUUUAAAAUGAAAAUUCAUUUACUCUAUUUGAUGAUGAGAAAACUAUGAAUUCCUUGAAAAUGUGAAUUCUAUUCCACCUAUUAUGGGUAGCCUUCUUACCAAUUAUAAGGAAAAUUAACAGCAGUGAACAUGAACAUUCAUUUAAGCUCCCCAGUCUCCCCAUUUUAAAGACCAUUUGUCAGAGGUGGCUGAACGUUUUUGGCAGCAUGACUUUUCAUGAGUCUGUGUUACUAAUGUAUAAGUCAAAUCCAUCCUGCACUUCCACAGUUUAGAAAGUAUCUGGACUCAGAAUAAAUGUAGUAUUUAUACUUGUUGCCAGAAUAUUCUUUUACAUUUUAUGUUAAAUAAGAACACUUUUUAAAAGACUUAUACUCAACAUAAAAUCAGCUAUCAGACUUCAGAUUGGACUUUAUUUAUGUGGAUCUACAGUAAUUAUAUUUUCCAGAGGUUUUCACUGUAUUUUUAUUGGCCUGGUUUUUUUAGAAGAUUUUAGACAAGUCAUUAGGAAUUGGGUGUCAUAUCCACACUUGUGUAAGGCAGCAAUAUACUAUAGGGAUAAACAAAGUCAAGUCUAGAAAGCAGUAAUCCAUCAGAAUGAAAGUCCUUACUCUUCACAUAUUUAGUAAUUUUUCCUGCUUCUAAAAUUAAGAGUAUCACACCCUAAAUGAACACUGUCUACUAAGAGACAUCCAGUUCCACAAAUGAAAACAUUCCACUUCCAUAAAUGAAGAUUUGAUUCCAAGAGACGAGUUUACUGAUUGGAGUAUAGGCUUGUUAUUAUUUUUAGUCAAGCUUUUAAUAAUAGCCUUGAAUUUAUUAUCUUUCUUAUAAGCUUUUGUUAAAAUAGUAAAGGAACAAAUGACAAAGGGUAAGAUAAUUUCCCUGCAAAAGGACACAGAAGGCAGUCUUAAGAAGAUGCAUGGAUCAGAGAAGGGACAGAGUCAAAUGCAGUAACAAGCCAGCGUUUACUAUAUGUUUCUUCCUCACCUCUCACCAUAUUUAUGUCACUUACCAGUUUCUGUGUCCUUUUGGAGCUUUUGUUGAGGGCUUCAGUCUCACCCUGUAUUUCUUUAGCCCUAAACUGACACUCUCUCUGAAAAUCCAUUCCAUUAUCUGUGGCCCAAGAUCUAUAUAAUUCAGAAGCAGAACUUUUGGCUAAAGGGUUAGUGUGUCUUUCAGAAACCAUUCAAUUAUUUUCUCCCUAUGCCUUUCUCAGUUUGAUACCAGUGGGGAAAGAAGGUAUGUUGAUAAGAAACCUAUAUUGCUGGGUAGAAUUUGUACUUGUUUUCUUGGUAGCAAUUUUGAAAUAUUCUGUAGAGUAUGUUCCUAUUGUUUAAUAAAAUAUUUCUAAAACCUUAAAACCUAACUAUGCCAAGCAUUAAGAUAAACAGAUAUGAUGUCCUUUGACAUAAAUCAACAUGAUGAUUCCUUCACAUGUAAACACAUUUCAGUGUUUCCGGUUUGUCAUUUGUGUGUGUUGUUGCUUUUAUUUAUGCUCUACCCUUAGCAAAAUACAGUUUUCAGUUUUCAUUGUUUUUAGUAGUUUCCCAACUUUAAGAUUUAUCUCAUUUAACUGAGAAAGAAAGCCUUUUUUGUAUAUAUAUUUUGGAUUUCUAAGAAUGUUGGUUUGAGCCUUGAUUAGACUUUUAAUGUGCUAAGUCAGAUAGGCAGCCUGUGCAUUGGUGACCAUCAUAAUGCAGCUUUGGUUUAAUUUAAUUCAGGGCUGCUGCUAAGUCAUGUGCAGACUUUUUGUUGACCAAAAUAAAAUGUAAACGGUUUUUGUUAUUAAUUUCUUCUGUUUGACAUUUAAGUGUUCAUUUUUUUCUUUAUGUAUUACAUUUUGAACCUAUAUUAAAUAAAUGUUUACAUGAU